AUGGAAUCGCUGGCAGAGGAUGGGGAACAACGACGAGAGGUGCUCAAUGGACCCACCACAUCCCUCGGGUUCGCGGAGGUGCACAAGAAUCGAAACGACAGUGCGCCUUCGUGCAGCAUCUACUACGAGCUGCACGGCAAUCCCGAGGCCACACAAAAGAUCCUCUUCAUCACAGGGUUCUGCACGACGUGCGCUGCGUGGGACCACCAGAUCGAAUACUUCGCCAAGCUCGGUGACUAUCAGCUGUGCGUGUUUGAUAACCGCUGUUGCGGCAAGACGCGGUGCACCUACGUGAACCUCAGCACGCGCUUGUUUGCCGAGGAUGCACGGGACCUGUUGGACCACCUGGGAUGGCACGACAGCAUUCACCUCGUCGGCCUGUCUAUGGGGGGCAUGAUUGCGCAGGAGCUGGCGUUGCUCGAUCCCAAGCGAUUCCUUUCUCUCACCCUCGCCGUAACGCACGCGGGAGGACCGAUGGGGAUCUCGCCCAUCUCGGGUUGGCCUCACCUCCUGUCCUACGCCAAAGCGCGAAGCAAAGACGGUAAGCUCAAGGCGUUGCUCAACCUCAACUUCUCCAAAAAGUUCGUCGGCGAACAUUUCCAGCCCACCUACGACUGGCACGCCGCGCGGUACUGGGGGCCGCAUCUGCUCUCGGUGGUAGGCCACACGCUCGCGGUGAUGCGACACUACGUGUCCACCAAGCGUCUCGAAGUGUUACGCGAAGCCCACUAUCCCGUGCUCAUCCUCACCGGCACCGAAGAUCGGAAUUCGCACAUGCUGGCCCGAUUCCUGCGAGCCGACUUCCAGGUCCUGGAGGGUGGCCACAUGAUCAACAUCGAACGUUACCAGGAGUUCAACGAGCUGCUACACACCCACUUUGUGGAACACUUCACUGAUGACGACACGCUCGUGGACCCACCACAGCAAACAAUGGCGGGCAAGAAGACGGGUGUGGAGCCUGAAGCCAGCACCGCCAGCGUCGACAGCAGUGACGGAAGUGAAGCCGUGACUGUUGAAGCCGUGGCUGUUGAAGGCCAUUGUACAGGGGACGACGGCAUCUACGACUUCACUCGUGUGGAGAUCUUCGCCGCCCUGCCACGGUCGUAG